AUGCAUCCUUUUAAAUCUGCCCCCCCCCCAUCUCUUCCUCUCUCUCUGCUACCUCCUCCUACCUCCGGCCUACCCUCUCAGCCAGAGGAACCAUGGAGCACCCCUGUGCGCGCCCCUCCCACGGAGGCAUCGCCCACUGACGAUGAGGAUGCUGAUGAGAUCUCGGGUCAGGACGUGGAGCUGACUGCAGAGAGAGGACCAAGUCGGACUGCGAAUGCAGACUAUAGACCAAACAGUGGGACUUCCAGUCAGAAAGGAGAGCAAGGAGAUCCAGGGCCAGCUGGCCCCCUGGCUCCCCCGGGCCCCCAGGACCACACAGUUCGUCAAGCCAUGGCUUUUCUGGGGGAGUGCCAGGACCAGGGGCUCCAGGGGCCCCCAGGACCAGCAGGAACACCCGGUAACGACGGCCAGCCAGAGAAAGUGGUCUCUAACACCGCAUCCUGGCGUGUCCACACUGGCUCUUCAGGAGAAGUGUCCUCUACACCCUGGCAGUCUUCAGAGAAGUGUCUCUACCCCUGUGUAGUCUUCAGGAGAAGUGCUUCACACCCUGGCAAGUCUUUCAAGGAGAAGUGUCCCUCCACACCCCUCUUCAGGAGAAGUGUCUCCACACCUGGUGCAGUCUUCAGGCAGAAUGUCUCCAAUCCUGGCAGCUUCAGGAGAAGUGUCUCCACACCCUGGCAGUCUUCAGGAGACGUGUUCCAGCACACCCCUGUUUCCAGUCUCAGGGAGAAAGUGUCUCCACACCCCUGGCAGUCUCAGGCAGAAGUGGUCUCCAACCCUGGGCAGUCUUCAGGAGAAGUCUCAGGGAGUCUCCACACCUCCUGGCAGUCUUCAGGAGUAAGUGGGGUCUCACACCCUGGCAAGUCUUCAGGAAAGAAGUGUCCUCAGCACCCUGGCAGUCUUCAGGAGACAGUGUCCUCCCACACCCUGGCUCAGUCUUCAAGGAGAAGUGGUCUCCAACACCCUGGCAGUCCUUCAAAGGAGAAGUGUCCUCGCAACCACUGGCAGUCUUCAGGAGCAAGUGUCUCUACACCCUGGCAGUCUCAGGUGAAGUGUCUCCACACCACCCUGGCCAGGGAGAAAACUGGAGCUCAGGGAUUCCCAGGCUUGCCAGGAGAUCCUGGUCCCAAAGGAGACAAGGUGCAACAUCACACACUGUCUAACCUCCUUUCACUGAUGCAGACGGGGGAUCCUGGAGUGGGCAAACCUGGUUCCCCCGGACCUCCUGGGCCACCGGGUCGACCCAACUCAUCCAGAUCCCCGGACGGUGUGGACGGCUCAGGCUUUGAGUACUUUGACGGAGACACAGAGAUUAUGACAGGUCCUCCUGGUCCACCUGGUCCUCCAGGGCUUCCUGGCCCCCCAGGUUCAUCUGAGGGCCUCUCUGUGUUCCCCUGGGCUCCUGGGGAAAAUGGGAAGGAUGGAGAGAUGGGUAAACCUGGACUGCCUGGGGUUGAUGGGAAUGAUGGGUACCCUGGUCCAGCUGGCGAGAGAGGAGAGAAGGGUGAGCCGGGUCUGAGCGGAACACAUGGACCAAAGGGGGAGCCAGGUGCGGCAGGGUUCCCAGGUCUGCCCGGCUCAGAGGGACCAGAGGGGAAGCCGGGUCUGAGGGGGCCUCCUGGGCUACCGGGACCCCCAGGACGGGUCUUCAGCUUGGACCUGGAGGGUCCUAUUGACAAACCUGGCCGUCCAGGACCUAAGGGCGAAGACGGGCAGGACGGGCUUCCUGGUGAAGCGGUAAAGGGGGAGCCUGGUGCACCAGGGGCAGCCGGGGCCUCUGGGCUAGAUGGACUGCCAGGGCAUACGGGAGCGAAGGGUGGACCAGGUGAUAUGGGACCAAAGGGAGAAAGAGGUCGGGACGGCUUCAGUUUCCCCGCCCUCCAGGACCUCCUGGGUCUUCGGACCGGUUAUCAACCUCAGGAUGUCCUGCUCAAUGAUACAGAGGGUGUGUUUAACUUCUUCAGGCUGCUGGAAUCGCAGGGCUCAGGGUAUCUUCAUCAGAUGUAUCUUCAUCAGGUGUACUUCAUCAGGUGA